GUGGCGGUGGCGCAGGGCGAUGGCGGAGAAGUUCGACUCGCUGGAGGAGCAGCUGGAGAAGUUCGUGGAGAACAUCCGGCAGCUCGGCAUCAUCGUCAGCGACUUCCAGCCCAGCAGCCAGGCCGGCCUCAACCAGAAGCUGAAUUUUAUGGUUACAGGCUUGCAAGAUAUUGACAAGUGCCGACAGCAACUUCACGAUAUAAGCGUACCUUUAGAGGUUUUUGAAUACAUAGAUCAAGGCCGUAAUCCCCAGCUUUACACUAAAGAGUGUUUGGAAAGGGCUUUGGCUAAAAAUGAACAAGUAAAAGGCAAAAUUGACACGAUGAAGAAAUUUAAAAGCCUAUUGAUUCAAGAGCUGACUAAAGUCUUCCCAGAGGACAUGGCCAAGUACAAAGCUAUUCGAGGAGAAGAACCUCCUCCUUAAGACUGCCUUUGGUAUGUUCUAAGAUGCCUAAUAUUUUCAUGGAACUGAUAAUCUCCUGUUGUGAAAAUUGUUGAGCUCACUGGACAGAGGAAGAACUUAAGUCUUCCUACUAGGUGUGUUCAUGUAUGUCGUGGUUAUUGGCUGUGAGGGAGCCUGAUUACAACUCCAAAUUUUUUUUUUUUUUUUUUUGGAAGCCAUAAUGUUUUCCUACAGACUUGUGUCUAAAGAUUGCAUUUGAAACUUCCUGUGCUAAUGUGUUCUUUCCACAAAAGUUGUUUGAGGCAUAUGUGUGACUUGCAAGCUAUUAUACAUCAUUUCCCACAAAGUACACUUCUAGUAUGAAAGAAUUAUUUAUAUAUAUAUAUAUAAUCUAGUGACAAAGUUCCUCCUCUACCUUGGUGGGUCCCGUGCUUAUUGGCAGAUUUGCUCGCCUCACAGAUUCACCAUGUGGGUCGGGAAACAGCCCAGAGACCUUCCCCUCUGGUAGAAGCCACAGUCCAGGUCAAUUCCUCUGGUGUCUGAUCAGGAGUUGGGAGGUUUGGGGGGAACCCGGGCCCGCCCUCUACUCCGGGUUCCAGCCCAGGGCCCUGUGGACUGCAGCUGUCUAGAGUGCCUCUUGGUACAGCUGCACGACAGCUACAACUCCCUGGGCUACUUCCCCAUGGCCUCCUCCCAAUACCUUCUUUAUCCUCACCACAGGACCUUUCUCCUGGUGUUUGAUGAUGCUUGUACUCCUCAGUCUUCCAGCAAUAUGUCUUCUCACUCUCAGCUCCUAGUGCCUCUUGCUCCCAACUCCUCACAUGCACACCACAAACUGAAGUGAGGUCCUUUUUAAACUCAGGUGCCCUGAUUAGCUAGCCUGUCCUAAUUGAUUCUAGCAGUUUCCUGAUUACUCUAGUGCAGCCCCUGCUCUGGUCACUCAGGGAACAGAAAACUACUCAUCCAGUGACCAGUAUAUUUGCCCUCUACCAGACUCCUGUACCCCACUGGUCUGGGUCUGUCACUCUAUCUAUAGAAUGAUCAAGUGCCAGACUGUGGAUAAAUACACUUCUUUUGGAAGCUAGUUAUACUUGAUUAUUAAAAUAGGCUACAGCCUAUCUCAUGGGGGGAAGUAAGAAUUGACUGCUAUUACCUAGCUGUUCCUGACAGUUUAUAAAAGCAUGACUGGACAGGACUCUUUUCUUUUUGCUAAAUUUCUGCUGAAAUGGAAAUCCAUUGCCAGGUGCUGUACUUCCAUGUAACUUUGUCAACCACAACCAAAAAGUCCCCUUCAGACCUGUGAAUGGAAGGACAGGUGGCUGAGGAUGGAAAAACUGAAUUUUCAAGGAUGGCCUCCCAGCAGUGCUUUAUAUUUUGUACAGCAUUUGAUGCAGAAACAAAUCUUUUAUUAAGUGUAUUGCAUUUUCUUUGGGCAAAAUAUAUAAUAAACACUUUGAAGUGAAUUUUGUAGCUAGUUCGUCUAGUAUGUUUCUGUUCAUUCCAUCCCAAUAUAUUUUUAUAUAAGAAAAUAAUAGAGAAAGCUUGUACAAAUUAGCACAAGGCUCAGAAUAAUAGAAAUCAUGUUAGCAUAUUUAAAUCUUUUCAGAAGUCGUAGAUUAAUUAGACUGAAUUACACCUGAAAAUAACUUACUUGGGAUAAUCUUUGUUUUUAACCAAAAAUUUUAAAAUUCUCUCAUGGUAGGUAACUUUCUUGAUUAUAGUGGUAUGCAUUUAAGUGGUCCCAACUAGGUUUUGAAACUAGUUUCAUUUGAGAUUAAUAGGUCAUGUAGUUACAUGUUCACAGCUAUUGUUUAUUGUAGGUGCUCCUUCUUGCAGGAAAGAUUAGUUUAACAGGAUCACCAUGCAGUGCUGUACUGUACAUAGUGAAAGGCUAGCUUCACAGUGGAAAAGGCUGAAAACGUCCCUACUUUUACCGUGUUAGGGAGGCGUUCAAAUAGUAGCAGAUAUGCCUUUUGUUAUAAUACUUAACAUUUCACUGAUGUUGGUCUGUAUAUUGAGAUUUAAUUUCAGUUUGUUUAAAAUCUUGCUGAAUUAUUUGAUCGCACUUGUUACCGUAAAGCAGCUCACUUACCAACAGCAUAAAUAGAGAAUACAAAUGUUAUGUUUGCAUUUGUUUCAAGUCACUUAUAUAACUCAUGAAUGCCACACUUGCACAUGCAGCACCUGCAUGUAUUCUGUAUAUGCUAUGAGCUUUACAGCAACUGUUCUAGCUCCUGUUUAUAUUUAAUAAAACUAGAAACAACAAUGUUGGUGGUACAAGUUUUCUUAAUUAACAAAAGAGAUGGUAGGAAUACAGUGAGUUAAGAGUAUGUAUACUUAUUGCAAUCUGGAAUUUUAUACCGCUUUAAGUUACAUUCAUUUAUUUUUAGCCAGAUCAUCUUUCUUGGUUUAUCCUUCCUCAAAUGGUUCUUUAUCAAUCUGAAACAAAUAAGUUCCCUUUCCGAAUUCUUUUCUAAUCAACCACAAUGAGUAUUUGCUUUCUCACUAUAGUUAGCGACUAUCUUAUUUAUAGUAAUAAAUUUUAAACAUAUCUACUUUGUUUAAUUUCAGUCAACUUACACAUUUACAUAAAACUAAUAAUUUAGGGAGUGUCGCCAUUUUGAAAUUACACCUGAAUCCAGUUUUUAAAUCAGAACCGAAAUCUUUCAGUUUGAAACUGUUCUCAAAGAUGCAAUGGAUCCAACUCUGUGUCAUUACCUCUUGAAUUUUGAAUCUAUUUUGGUUUAUAAAACUUUGUGGUAAAGAAUAUAAACAUAAAAUAAUAUAGAAUACAAACACAAUCUUCCACUUACCUCCAAGGAACACUUUUGUUGUUGUUCAUGGAGACAAGCAGUAUGUUCUCCCAGUCCCCUGGAAAGACUUGUUUAAUUGUUUUCCUUAUUCUUGUCUCACAUGGUUUAAAAAUGCCCUGUAAGAGAAAAAUGUGAUUAUGGUGUAUCUCUAGCUAACCAAUGAUCUGACUAUUUUGUCACUUACUCAUGAUGUUCCCUAUUGGGACCAAAAUCUAGUUCUGUAUAUACAAUCAUAGAAGACUAGGGUUGGAAGAGGCCUCAGGAGGUCAUCUAGUUCAACCCCCUGCUCAAAGCAUACUCAAUACUCCAGGUGUGGCCUCACCAGUGCUGAAUAGAGGGGAAUAAUCAGGGGUCUGUAACAUCUCAAGUGUUUGUUUACCUAGUUACUGGAGAGGUCUGGGUUUUCUAGUACCAUCCUCGCUGGUCAGAAAUGUGCUUACUUGGUUAGCUAAUACCUGGUGUGUUGCUAUUCUGCCAAGGCGAAGCCUACUUUGGUUCAUACCUCCAAGGCUUACAAGAGUAAAUCUGAAAAAUGAUUUAAAAGUAAAUAAAUAAAUAAAGUACAUCUUGAAUUCUAGACAUUGACUUGUCUUUCAGCCUUGGCAGAAGGGGGUGGGUUGUUCGGCAGCAUUCAUACUAUGAAUUCUACCAAGAAACCUGUUUUGCCUAAGACAGAAUAAAUUGGAAAAAUAAAACAAGCUUUUUAAUCAAAAUAUAAAAUAUUGCUGUUUGAGGGAGACAGGCCAGCCUACAUUUUUAGACACCUUUAAUAUUAAAAUCUUGUACAACUUUUAUACUUUCAAACAUUUAAUGAUAUUGGCCUGUGAAAGGUGUCAUUUAUUUGGUCCACUCCUUCCUUCAAGAUCAAUUAAAUAGUGGCAGUUCUCCAUGCAUUGGGCAGGCUGUUUCUUUGUAUACCAUCAGUAAUUGCUUCCAAAAUAAACAAGGAUACAGAUUUUAAAAGAAAUUAUCAUUACACCUGUCAGGGUGUGGUGCUUUAUUUUUCAAGUCAUUGUUUGGUAAUUCUUUCUGAAAAUUUUCAUGUUCUGUUUGUGCUGAGUUAACUCUUUUGAAUGCUUUUGAGCUUAUUCAGAUAAGAGUAAUAGUUUAUUCUUUUCUGAUUCUACCUGUCCUUUUUCCAUGUAAACUUCAGUUGAAUGCAAUAAUGCUUCAGCAACUUUCGUCUUUGUGCAUUUCAAAUGAAAAUUACCCCCCCCCCCCAAAAAAACACCCCAAAACAAAACCCACAUUAACACAGGAACAGGCAUCUAUAUGUGAUAAUAAGUAGUCUAAGUCUUCUGGCUUUGUUUCCAUGUUCAAAGUACUCUUGCUUAGCAUACAAUUUAGCCAGUUUUAUUGGUUAGCAUGGUGAGCAACUAACUUCAAAAACAAAACUCUUAAUUUGAAAAACAGGCCUGCCUAAACUUUUGCAUGUAAGGAAAUGAACAAUUAAGCUGCCCACACAAUUGAGUUAAAGUACAGAAAUGCAUAUAUCAUCACAACUUAGUGUAAUCAAAAUUUCAGAACAAUUAUCUUAUCCAAGAGGUGUAACUUGAAUUUGAAAGCAAGGAGGUUUUUUGUUUGAAGUUACAAGCUGAGAGGUCAAUAUGGCCUGAGCUACAGAGAAGCGUGUUUUAUUUUGUUGUUGUUUUUUAUAUAAUCGCCUCCAACCAGGGUAGAUGGAUGGAUUGGUUUAAGCACCAAUUAAAAUCAGCAAGUAGAAAAUCUUGAUUAUAAAUAAAUUGUAAUCAUGUUUUCCAUUUGUAUUUUGUAGUUCUUUUCCUAAGUGUUUUUCAUUGCUGAUUUAAUUUAAAACUAAAUGCAGUUUUUACACUAGAUUUGACACCACUUUUGUUAACCAGGAGGAUACAUUAACUAUACAUUUAACAUACAUUUGUUCAGAUUCUUGAUUUCUGCAUUUUUAUUGUUAAAUUUACUAGAUAAUUAACUUUUUACUUGUGAUUUGUAUCAAGCUUCAUUUGGAUGGAAACUGGAAUUCAAUUAAAUUGUACAGACAGCAUUUUAAGUUUUAUUAACUAACAAAUGUACUGGAUACAUACAACCGAUGAAACAAAGUGUUUCUGUACAUCAGAGCUGAAAGUACUGACAUUUGAAACAGAAUAUUAGCAUUAACUCCAUUGUAAAGAGUGAAAAUGAUGUAUGUAUUUUGUGCACUACAUGACAAAAUGUACCAUAUUUAUAAAGCUUGACCUUAAGUUAGCUGUUUUUCCCCUGGAUCUGUGUAUAAAAACCCCGUUUUUAACUCAUUACUUAAAGUUUGUGAAGAGGUCUCAUU